UUCACACACUGAACCAAACCGUCGGGCUUGUCCGACCACAUAAUACCUCUCCUCAACUGGAUAUAGCUGGCGAGCACUCCCAGUAUUUGCUUUCGCCUUGCGACACCUGUCUCAUACCUUCGCUUCAUUGUCGACCGUCAGAUAAUUGGACAACCGGUUCAAUAUGAUCUCUCUAUUCCUGUUCACCCUGUUCUGCUUUGGAGCUUAUGCAAGUGUUCCACGCUCACUCAAUUUCGACACCACCGUUGGUCCUGAUGGCCCUUGGAAUGCCUUGAUUCAAGCCGUAUCUUGGCCUGAAAGAAACGUCACUCUGCUCCCUUCGUUGACGAAGACCAACCUAUUCGUACAUUCAGACGCUUGCUCUGAUCCUCGCAGCGCUUGCCCUCAGUCAGAGACCAGCCUUUGGACCGGAUUGGCAGGUACAUGGUCUUGGAUGAACAGUACUCUAUUCGACGCUUCAACCUGGGACCCCUCGCUCAAGCCAUUGAAUUUGUCCGGUCAAGCAAGCUACAUCAGCGAUAGGAUUACAUUGAAAGGUCCAGGGGAUGGCAAUCCCUACCUUGAUUUCACUGCCAACGCUGUCGACCAAGACAUCAACGUCAACUAUCCCUCGGCGGACGCAUGGUACACUCUGAACACAGGCUUCUUCUCGCUGUAUGGAGAAGAUAAACAUGUUGACUACGUAUCAGUCAAUGGAAGCGAUAUUUCGCUUAACACUACUUUACCGUUGGCAUGCUCACAAGACGCCAUCCCUUCUUCCUUCUACGGUCUGCAUCUCGGCUCUGCUUCGUCCAAGACUCCGGUGCCAGGAAGUCUAGUACUUGGUGGGUACGAUAAGUCAAGGUGUCUUACAACCCCAAUAGUCUCAGAUACAGACACUUUCGUCUUGACAGAUAUAAAUAUUGGUGUUGCAGACGGUGCCUCGCCUUUCCCUGCAGAUACACGCCUACCGGUGCGCAACCUACUCGACAGUGGUGGAUCAGGGAAAUUGAGAAUCUACCCCAAUCCAGGUGUACCAUAUCUUUAUCUACCUUCAGAAACUUGCAACACGAUUUCGGAGCAUCUGCCCGUAACAUUCAACAAGACUUUGGGUCUCUAUCUCUGGAACACGUCGGCACCGUCAUUUGAAGAUAUCAUGACUUCACCCUCCUACCUCUCCUUCAACUUCAGCACAGACUCCUCCACAAGCACGGUUUACAUACCCUUCGCACUCUUGAACUUGACCCUGGAAUGGCCUCUCGUGGACUUCCCAACUCAAUUCUUCCCUUGCUCGCCAUACGAACCUUCGGAUGGUAGAUAUCAUCUUGGUCGUGCAUUUCUGCAAGGGGCUUUUAUGGCCCAAGAUUGGAAAUCCGGCAAGUUGAUGCUUGCUCAAGCGCCAGGACCGGACUUGGCAGAUGUGUCUCUGGUCACGAUCUCUUCUAAUGACACUUCAGUAUCUCCAAUGGUCAAGGCGCCGUCUUGGAACGUCACUUGGGCAUCUAAGCUGAAGGCUUUAGAGCGCGGAACGGCUUCUACUCCAUUGGGGGGAAACACCGCCACUACCGGUGCGUCUCAUUUGUCCUCUGGGUCCAUAGCAGGUAUUGUAGUUGGCAUUGUUGGUGGGUUGUCGUUGCUCGCGGGGUUGAUCUGGGCAUGGCACCGACGACAAAAGGCAGCAUCCGUCCGAAAUGACGACGAGAAGAGAUAUUCAAGGCACUGGGAAUUAGACGAAUCAAAUUCUGGGUCUUCGUCACUGCCUUCAGAGGUAUGGGCGCCAGGGAAGCAUGGGCUAACGAUGAGUCCUGUCGAGAUGGAUGCGGCCGAUGUUAACGAACUGGAUGGCGGAUCGAUGCAGACUGAUAAAUGGAACGAAGGUCGGAAGUGAAAUCUAAUUUGUUCCGGCUCUCGUACGCGCAAGUCAGAGUCCCACAGCUCAACACAAAACCAAUCUCUCAGCUUCAUGUCCCUUGCCUCUUUACGGCUUAGUCUUCCACGUCAGAAGGUCGCAUUCAAAAACCUUCCAUUGUGCUUAUGCG